UUUAUCGUCGGUCGACGAUUGGAUCAACCGACCCCGUUGAUAUCCCAAAUACGAAUCAUAUCUGGAGAUCGAGCCGAAGGCGGUGGAUUCGAGAUACAGGCGAGAGGGGGACGCCUGCUGCUUCUCCGAUCGAUCCGUGGGUCUCAGAUCUUCUUGAUCCCGUCCAGGUUUUAUGGUGCUUCUGACUUCUGUUCUUCAUAUUUAAAUUGUGGUGAUGCCAUCAUCUCUUUCAUAAUUUAACAAUAAUUAUGAACCUACCGAACAAUGUGAAGCUGCUUUUGUUUAGAAAUAUUGCUCUGGCUUCUCAAUUCUAAAGUUGGAAGACAUGGCAAAAUUUGGAACUGGUGGUCGCAGUGCCCUUCCCAGAAAAUCAAAUGAGAACAUGAGGCUUAUUAUUUCAACAGUCAUUGGAAUUGUGUUAGGUUACUUGAUAGGCAUUUCCUUUCCCACAGUCAGCAUAACCAAGCUUCACUUUCCUUCCAGUAUUAUAUCAUACAUUGAAGACAGGAAUUCAGGCAUCACUACCCAAACCUUAUUGAACCAUGCUUGGACCUCAGCUAAUAAUCAAAAUAGAAAUAACGCUACUUCAAACACAACUGAUACUUUAAAGAUUUAUGUUCCUACAAAUCCCAGAGGUGCAGAAAGACUACCACCUGGCAUCAUUGUGCCAGAAUCAGAUUUUUAUUUGCGCAGAUUAUGGGGUAACCCAGAUGAGGAUCUAAUCACCCGGCAGAAAUAUCUUGUGACAUUCACUGUUGGAUAUGACCAGAAAAAGAACAUUGAUGCUGCUGUUAAAAAGUUCUCUGAAAAUUUCGCAAUACUAUUAUUUCAUUAUGAUGGUCGAACUUCUGAAUGGGAUGAAUUUGAGUGGUCAAAACGAGCUAUUCAUGUGAGCACCAGGAAGCAAACUAAAUGGUGGUAUGCCAAAAGGUUUUUGCACCCUGACAUUGUGGCACCAUACGAGUACAUAUUCAUUUGGGAUGAGGACCUAGGAGUUCAGCAUUUUGAUGCCGAAGAGUAUAUCAGAUUAGUAAAGAAGCAUGGACUGGAGAUUUCACAGCCUGGCUUAGAGCCUGACAAAGGGUUAACAUGGCAAAUGACAAAAAGGAGAGGUGACCGUGAAGUCCACAAGGAAACAGAGGAAAAACCAGGCUGGUGUGCCGACCCCCAUCUGCCCCCAUGUGCAGCGUUCGUCGAGAUAAUGGCAACUGUGUUCUCUAGGGAUGCAUGGCGUUGUGUAUGGCACAUGAUUCAGAAUGACUUGGUCCAUGGAUGGGGCCUCGACUUUGCUCUAAGAAAAUGCGUAGAGCCGGCUCAUGAGAAAAUUGGAGUCGUAGAUUCACAGUGGAUCAUUCAUCAGGUGGUUCCUUCGCUUGGAAACCAGGGCCAGUCAGAUAACGGCAAGGCACCAUGGGAAGGGGUCAGAGAGAGAUGCAAAAAAGAGUGGGGGAUAUUUCGGAAGCGAUUGUCGGAAGCUGAGAAGGCAUAUUAUCUUUCAAAAGGGAUCAGCCCCCCGAACUCAACAGGCGUUUAAAUUCAUGUAUUAUUUCUUUUCCCUUCAUUCAUCGGUUGGUUAUUGCGUGUAUAUAGAGAUCUGUCGCUCUAUAUUGAUAUAUUAUUGAUCCUUGCGUUUUCACUCCA